AUGAGCGCGGGCGCCGACGGCGGCGGCGGCGCUGUGGCCGCGGAGCGGGCUCGGCCGGGCGGCUCGCCCGAGGAUGGCUUCGUGCCGUCGGCGCUGGGCACCCGAGAGCAUUGGGAUGCAGUCUAUGAGAGAGAACUGCAAACAUUCCAAGAAUAUGGCGAUACAGGAGAAAUCUGGUUUGGAGAAGAGAGUAUGAACCGGCUAAUACGGUGGAUGCAGAAACAUAAAAUUCCAUUGGAUUCUUCAGUGCUUGAUAUUGGAACUGGAAAUGGUGUUUUCCUGGUUGAACUUGCAAAAUUUGGUUUCUCUAAUAUAACUGGAAUCGAUUACUCUCCUUCUGCAAUUCAGCUCUCUGGAAGUAUUUUAAAGAAAGAAGGGUUAUCUAACAUUAAGUUGAAGGUUGAAGACUUUUUGAAUCCUUCCCCAGAGCUGUCUGGAUUUCAUAUCUGUAUUGACAAAGGAACUUUUGAUGCCAUAAGUCUUAAUCCUGACAAUGCAGUUGAGAAGAGGAGGCAGUAUGUGACAUCUCUCUCUGAGGUGUUGAAAAUAAAAGGCUUUUUUCUAAUAACUUCAUGUAAUUGGACGAAGGAAGAGUUGCUAACUGAGUUCAGUGAAGAUCUGUUGAGGCCCCCAUCAAGUCUUUCCCUCUUCCUGCAGCUUGACAGUUUUAAUAAAUGCUCAGAGUUACACUGUGUAGAGCGAGUUCCAUUCCUGGUUUUUAAAUACAGGUGUUCCCUCUUACCCCUGGAGCCAGCCGACAAAAACACAUUUGUGUCUUUGGUAAUGAGGAACAGACUUCAGCCUGGUAUACUGUGCUUAAAAUGUGCUUGUGUCUGAGAACCAUUGAGUAAAUUCUCUGUAUUCACUUUUAGAACUAAGUAGAGAAUUAAAAGAAACAAAAUGUUAUAAUAGUAAGUGCUAGGGAAGUAUUACAAACCAUGGAAAACAUUUUUGGGAGAUACUGAGUGGCUUAGAAAAUGGAUUUGGAGUUAGACACAGAAUAGCAACAGAGUACCCAGCCACGUAUCACUGCCGAAGGCUUCUCUACUCUCUCCUUAGAUUGUCUGCUGCAUUAUUAUUACAUAUUAAAGGAUAGAUCUCUUUGGCUGGGGAGAUGGCUUAGUGGUUGAAGACACUUGCUUUCAAGACUGCCAACCCAGGUUCCAACCUCCUCAGCAAAAAGCUGGACACAAAGUAGAACACACACCUAUAGUCUCAAUGCAGCAAAGGUGCACGGAAUCUAGGGAAUCUGGAAGUAGUGGCAAAACAAUGGUCCCUGAGCCCUGGAGGGUGUGAGAGAUGUCUCACUUGAUGUUGAACACCCCACUGUUGCUUAGCACUUUGGACAUUUUUGAGUCACCCUAAUAGUUACUGCCAUCUGAAAAAGAGAUGCUUCAGUAACCAGAAGUGGGGCUGGAGGGAUGGCUUAGAGGUUAAGGUACUUGCUUGCA